AUGGGCAGCCUCUCUGAGAAGAUGCAUCGUCUUCCUCUCACCCUGCUGUUCGCUGUCCUGUGCUCCAGGGCUAAAGCUGGGGAGAUCAUUGGGAGCACAGAGUCCAGGCCACACUCCCGCCACUACAUGGCCUAUCUGGAAAUUGUCCUUCCCCAGGGUAACCUAGCCACAUGCGGUGGCUUCCUGAUAAGAAGGAACUUUGUGCUGACAGCCGCCCACUGUGCAGGAAGGCUCAUAGCGGUGGUCCUGGGGGCCCAUGAUACAAGACAGAAGGAAGACAUGUGGCAGCAACUCAAGGUCAUAAUACAGUUUCCUCAUCCAAAGUAUGGCGACAUGAGUGUCCAGCACGACAUCAUGUUACUGAUGCUCAAGGAGAAAGCCAACCUGACCCUGGCAGUGGGGACUCUCCCCCUGGCACCCCAAUUCAAUGUCAUCCCACCUGGGAAGAUGUGCCGGGUGGCAGGCUGGGGAAGAACAAAUGUGCCCAGCCUGGGCUCCCACACUCUGCAAGAGGUGAAGCUGAGAGUCCUGGAACCCCAGGCCUGGGGACACUUCCCCAAGUUUGACCGCAAUAUCCAGCUGUGCGUGGGCAAUUCCAGGAAGACAAAGUCUGCGUUUAAGGUGAUCCUCGGAAUAGGAUGCUUCUCCACAAAUCACUCUGCAGGGACUGGGCUCUCCUGA